AUGUAUGGCCAUAAGAUGAAUGAAUGUGCCGUGGCCACCUCGUCAAUUCAUGCCGACAUCGCUUUCACUCUAGCAAAGUACCUUUAUUCCCGUAUCAAUCCACAUUCCAACAUCUCCGCCACCAGUAUCAACAUCAAAAACAUGCAAGUCGAGCAGGGUCUCAUUGCACGAAAGGAUCGCUCCCUGCCUCAGUCGAUUCAAAUCCGUGCCAUAGCAGACCUCUCGAUUGGGUCGGUCCAGAUUUCCUGGCACCACGUAGACGACCAGGGUCGGCGAGCAGAGGACAGCUUUGUUACUGCAGUGGCGGAAUACGGCAACCCUGAAAACUGGCUACAGGAGUGGUGCCCAAUGACCCAUUUAGUGCUUAGUCGAAUCAACGAUCUGCAGCGCCUGGCAGACGAAGGCAAAGCCACAAGCCUGUCCCGAGACAUGGUAUAUACGCUAUUUGCCAAUCUCGUCGACUACGCGGACCGGUACCGGGGGAUGCAAAGAGUGGUCCUGAACGGUAUGGAAGCAAUGGCCAACGUGACUCUCGACCCUGAAAUGUCGGGCUCAUGGACCGUGGCCCCUCACUACAUCGACAGUGUUGUGCAUCUGGCCGGCUUCAUCCUCAACGGUGGGAAUGCCCUCGACCCGCGACGAAACUUCUAUGUCACUCCCGGCUGGAAAACGAUGCGCUUCGCCCGCCCGCUCGCUCCCGGUAGCCAGUUCAUGUCCUAUGUACACAUGUUCCCAGUCCAUGGCCAACCUGGGUUCUAUGCGGGUGACGUCUACAUCUUCCAGGACGGCGAAAUUGUUGGCCUGGUGGGUGGUAUAACCUUCCGCUCGUUUCCCCGGAUACUUCUCAGUGAGUUUUUCACUCCGGAUACAAAGAAGAAGACUCAACAUACCGUCCGCGCAAAUACAACUGCGCCAGGAGAUGCUGCAACAGCUCCCCCCUCCCAGGUAUCUACCUCUAUGGCCGGAUCCGAUGACGAGCAGGCUCAGAUUACACCCACCACAAGGGAUAGCGACUCGAUGAUCUUCGCCUCGAAAUCUACCACUGAGUCCUCUGCAGUGGACAGUCCACUCAUCCAGCAAGCGAUGGAGCUGAUCGCCCAGGAAACAGAGGUUGACCUCCACGACCUAUCGGAUGGGACGGAGCUUUCUUCAAUCGGAGUUGACUCGCUACUCUCGCUUGUCCUGGCACAGAGGUUCAACGUAGUACUCAACCUGAAUCUGCACAGUUCUCUCUUCUUGGAUUCACCUACCAUUGGUGACUUCAAGUCUCGGUUACUUAGCCAUUGUUGA